GUGUGAGGCAAGAUCAGGGUGGAGGAGGACGCUACCAACUUGACUCCCGGCUAAGGUUCCCACCGCCACCGCUUUCCACCGAGGCCACAAGACGAGGCACACUACACGUCCCUACACAGCACCAUGGCUGCCGCCGCUGAACGCUGCCGUUCAAUCAGCGAGACAGGCGAGUCCGAAGAUGACGGCUUCGACACACUGCUCUCUUCGCUGGGGUUUGGGCGCUGGCAAAGCGGGUCCGUCGCUAUGGUGCUAAUUAUCGCCAGCCUCUUGCCUGCCCAGAUGAUCGGGGUGUCCCUUCUCGCCCCGCCCGUGCCCUUCCGCUGCCAAACGGGUUCCUUCUCCAUCUCAGAGAACCUGCCCUCUCUGAGCCCUAACGAAAGCCUGCCCGGCGUCUCUGAGGCGGAUGGCGCCAACGUAACCUACUACAACGAGAAGUGCUUCCCCUUCCUCGAACAUGGUGCCGCGAGACUCACGGCGCCGAACAACACCGUCCCCACCGACCUGCCCUCGUGCCCCUUCAUCGAGUACGACACAUCUGUCUUCUCCUCGUCUAUUGUUUCUGAUUACCACCUGGUGUGUGAGAGCUUCGACCAGCAGGCGCUCUUCCAGAUCACCUACAACACCGGAGGAAUCAUGGGUAGCGUCAUUGGAGGCAAUAUUGGAGACAAGUAGGUCCCAAGACACUAUUGAGUUAAGUGGGGAA